AGGCACCCUCGGCAGGGUGGGGAACCGAGCGGUCGGCGGCCACCGAGUCGGUUCUGGGUGUAGGAAAUAUGAAUGACUGGCAGAGGAAAAGCCCUCUAGACUGGGAAACAUAUGUGAACAAAAUGGUGAAAGUUGCUGCAAUUGAGAAACAUGAAUAUGAAGGAUGGGUCUUAACAGUUGAUCCAGUUUCUGCCAGUAUUGUCCUUGCAACAUUCCUGGAGAAUGAAAAAGUGUCCAUAUCAGUUGUCUUGGGCCAUGCUGUCCAGGAGGUCGAAAUAUUGAAAGAAGGCGAUGAUGAAAUGAAGCAACGUCUUUCUUGCAUAUUUGCACCUGAAGAAAGCAAAGCCUACAGCCCAGAGGAACUUGAAAAGAGGAAGAACAACUUGAAGACUUGGCUAGAAACAAACCACAUCCCUGUAACAGAGCAAGGUGAAUCAGGAAGAACGCUAUGCGUGGCAGGGGUAUUAACUAUUGACCCACCAUACGGCCCAGAAGAGUGCAGCAGCUCCAAUGAGAUUAUUCUGUCUCGGGUUCAAGGCUUGAUACAGGGCUAUCUUGAAAAACAACAGUGAUGCCCGCUGUUUAAAGCGGUUGUCUUUAGGAAUGGCUCUACCCGCCCUAUUUUAGGAACUGUCCUGGGUAUCGAUAUUCACUAUUUACAAAAAUGCUGGGUUUAGGUACUUUUGUCUGAUUUUUAUAUGUUAAGAAAGGGAUAAAACAAGCAGUAUAAACUAAAAGCAUGAAGCAUUUUCCAUGCGCUAUUUUUUAUUAAAAGCAAGCCAUUGGAUAAUGAUGAUGUAUUACACUGAUAUAUCAGUUUACUGUAUCAGUAUUAAGCUGAUAUACCAGUUUAAUAAGUAUUUUUUGUAACAGUAUUGUGAAAGAUGAUAUAUGAUAAAUUUUUUUAAUCAGUUUUCCUCUGCCUUUAAAAUUAAUUUUAAUUGAUUAUCUAGUGGUGUAGGCAUGUUUACUUGAACUGCUUACCAGAAUUUUUUUUUUUCAGAAAGAGAAUUGUGACACUUGGACUUUCCAAACCAGAUGAAAAAAUUGUUCAGAAAGCUUUUUUUCUUCCUCCCACAACUGUUCUCCUGUUUUAGAAUAUGAAUUAUAAUGUAGGUCCAAGUUUGUAAAAUUAUUAAGGAAAGUUAGCAGGCAAAUAGAUUUAAAAACAUUUCCUAUCUAUAUCUUUUAUUUUAGAGCAGCAAUGAUUGGAAGACCUUUGCUCUUUGGAAAGAUAAUUUCUUGCAAUUCAGUAAGUUUGUGUUU